AUGUCCUUGUGUGGCAAACAGCUAGGUGGUCUACUGGAAAAAUGGCUUACAGAAAUCGUAACAUGUAAUACAAUCAUCCGUUCCUCUUAUACCACUCACACUCCUGAAUUCAUGUCCCAGUUUACGCAGGCCAUAUCUCUUGUUCGCUUCCCGUACGAAUUGCCAUCCCCCCUAAAAUUUUUUGCAUCCUGUUUCUUCAACCCCCAAAUUCAUCGGGGGAGCCCGCCUGCCGAGGAACGCCGGAGGGGCUGCCUGCUGAGGGGUGGGGCCACAGGAGUGCCGUCCGAGGAUAACCCCUGGAGGAGCCCGCCCUGCGAGGAUUUCUCGGAGGGGGCUGCCAUGCGAGGAAAACCCUUUGGGGGAGCUGGUCCCAGGCAACCCCCGGGGGCUGCCGUCCCAGGAAAACCCUGGGGGAGCUGGGGCCCUGCGAGGAUACCCUGGGGGAGCUGCCGUCCCAAAGGGUCCCGGGGGGAAACUGCUGCCCAGGAAACCCUGGAGGAGCUGCCCCUCCCAGGAAAAACCCCGGAGGAGCUGCCCCUACGAGGAAACCCUGGAGGAGCUGGCCCUCCGAGGAUACCCUGGAGGAGCUUUCCGUCCGAGGAUACACUGGAGGAGCUCCGGCCCAGGAAAACCCCGGAGGAGCUGCCGCCGAGGGAAAACCCUGGAGGGCUGCUGUCCGGGAAAAGGGAAACCCUGGGGGGAGCUGCUUGUCCGAGGAAACCCUGGAGGAAACUGCCGUCCCAGGAAAACCCCGGAAAGGGGUGCUGGGCCGGAAAAGGGAAACCCCGGAGGGGCUGCCUUCCCAGGACAAAACCCCGGGGGAAACUGCCCUCCGGGAAAACCCGGAGGAGCUGCCCUCCCAGGAAACCUGGAAGAGCUGCCCGUCCCCCUUUUGUAAAAGAGUGA